AUGGUUGUCUAUAAACUAACUUACUUCUCCAUUCGUGGAUUAGCUGAGUAUAUUCGUCAGCUUUUCCAUUUGGCUGAAGUUCCAUUCGAGGAUCACCGUGUUACUCCGGAGGAAUUCGCCGAGAUGAAGAAAACUUUGCCCUUCGAGCAACUUCCAAUUUUGGAAGUGGAUGGAAGAGUGAUUUCUCAAUCUAUCACCAUUCUUCGUUAUCUGGCUAAACAAUUCGGAUACUACGGAAAAUCGGAUUAUGAACAAGCUAUCGUCGAUAGUCUUGCCGAUCAAUACAAGGAUUUCAGCAGUGAGAAUAAGAAAUACUUCUACUCAGUUAGAGGAUAUCUACCUGCAACUCCUGAAGAAAUUGAGAAACUGAAACAGGAGGUUUACUUGCCUUCUCGGGAAAAGUACCUUCGAUUCUUGUCGAACUUCUUGAAGAAAAGCUCUACUGGUUUUCUGGCUGGUGGAGAUGUAACGUAUAUCGAUCUGGUUAUUGCUGAACAAGUAGCUACGAUGCGAGAACACUGGUCCGAUUUCAGUGACGGAUAUCCAGAGAUCAUUGCUCAUGAGAAAAAGGUUCAUGAUAUUCCCCAAAUCAAGAAGUGGAUUGAGACACGUCCUGCUGACAUCAUGAUCUUGCCAAACAGACAGGCCCAGAAGUAA